GGGCUCGCCGGUGCGGAUGCGAGCAACCACUCGGUAUUCCCGGCCCAGCCUCGGCGGGGAGCGGGCACGCCGAGAGGCUCAAAGCCGAACGCAUCGCAGUGGAUUUCUGGAGCUAUAUGGAGGGAUCUCAGGAUGGUGUGCACCAGGAAAACCAAAACUUUAGUGUCCACUUGCGUGAUUUUGAGUGGAAUGACUAACAUCGUCUGCCUGCUGUACGUGGGCUGGGUCACCAACUACAUUGCCAGUGUUUACGUGAAAGUGCAGGAGCCGAUCUCAGAAAAAAAGUUAGAGGAAGACAAAGGGGACACUUUAAGGAUUAUAGAAAGGCUGGACCAUUUGGAAAAUGUCAUCAAGCAGCACAUCCAAGAAGCUCCACCAAAAUUGGAAGACAACCCUGCAGAAGCGUUCACGGACUCGUCCCUUUUUGCUCACUGGGGGCAGGAGCUGAGCCCUGAGAACAGGCGGCUCGCCCUGAAGCAGUUCCAAUACUACGGCUACAACGCCUACCUGAGCGACCGCCUGCCACUGGAUAGGGCCCUGCCGGACCUGCGGCCCAGCGCGUGCAGAAACCUGACGUUUCCUGAGAGUCUCCCCGAGGUCAGCAUUGUGUUCAUAUUCGUUAACGAGGCGCUCUCGGUGAUCCUGCGCUCCAUCCGCUCAGCCAUCGACCGCACUCCUGCUCACCUGCUCAAGGAGAUCAUCCUAGUGGAUGAUAACAGUAACAAUGAGGAGCUCAAGGAGAAGCUGCAGAAGUAUGUUGAUGAGGUGAAUGCCCACAGGCCUGGUUUCAUCAAGGUUGUCCGGCACAGCAAGCAGGAGGGGCUGAUCCGGUCCCGGGUCAGCGGCUGGAGAGCAGCCACAGCACCGGUCGUCGCUCUCUUCGAUGCCCACGUGGAAUUCAACGUGGGUUGGGCUGAACCAGUGCUCACCAGGAUAAAAGAAAACAGAAAAAGAGUAAUUUCUCCAUCAUUCGAUAACAUUAAGUAUGAUAAUUUUGAAAUAGAGGAGUAUCCCCUCUCAGCACAAGGGUUUGACUGGGAGCUGUGGUGCCGCUAUCUGAACCCUCCUAAGUCCUGGUGGAAACUCGAGAACACAACUGCUCCAAUAAGAAGUCCUGCAUUGAUUGGAUGCUUCAUAGUAGAUAGAGAAUAUUUCCAAGAGAUUGGAUUACUGGAUGAAGGCAUGGAAGUAUACGGAGGAGAGAAUGUGGAGCUCGGAAUCAGGGUGUGGCAGUGUGGAGGAAGCGUUGAGGUUCUGCCUUGCUCCAGGAUCGCCCACAUCGAGAGAGCACAUAAACCAUACACGGAGGAUCUGACUGCUCACGUCCGGAGAAACGCUCUGAGGGUGGCUGAGGUCUGGAUGGAUGAGUUUAAGAGCCAUGUCUAUAUGGCCUGGAACAUACCCCAGGAGGACUCUGGAAUUGAUAUUGGUGAUGUUUCAGAGAGGAAGGCCCUAAGGAAGAAGCUCCAGUGCAAGACCUUUAGGUGGUAUCUUGUCAGCGUGUAUCCAGAAAUGAGAAUGUACUCAGAUACCAUCGCCUAUGGGGUGCUGCAGAAUUCCCUGAAAAGUGAUUUGUGCCUUGAUCAAGGGCCAGACACAGAGAAUAUCCCAAUCAUGUAUAUCUGCCACGGGAUGACACCACAGGACCCCAUAACACUCCACCCUGUGGAGUAAUGGGAUGUGGUUUUACCCAGGAGCUGUCAGUUACCUGGUUUGACUAUACAGCAAAUGAGUCCUCGCAGUAUCUCAGAAUAAACACAGAGCAGCAGGGUGGCCUUGUCCCCUGUGCCUGGACCUCCGAGUGAACUGGAAACAUGAGUUGGGUGAGCUGCAGAUCCGAUUCUCUGCUUCCCUGCCAAGCUGCACGUGCUGCAGCUCUGUUCUGCUCUGGCUUCCUUCGCCAAGAACCUUUAAUAUUGAUCACUAGUGCCAUCGUGCUUGAGUAAAUUACGGAUGAGGAAGCCAGAAAUAUCUGAAAAUCCCAUCCACCAGACUCACUCACUGCAUGGGCUGUGCCUUAUUAGUCACAUCAUGAUGUGGGAACCACUGCCUGCAGGAGCUUUGCAAGAGAGUCCUCGGUGUUUGCAAAGGAACUGUGCCAUUCCCCCCGAGCCAGAACCAUUGUUCCUCAUCCCCUGGCAGGGCACCGUAACUCUCCUGGCACCUCAUCUGUAAGAACACACUGCAGGCAUGCCUUUAAAUUCCAGUUAGAAACUUUAAUUAUAUUUGAGAGACAAAGAACAAUAACAAAAGUCACUUCAAUUAGCUCAGUUCAGUAUUCACCAGAUAAAGAACUACCUUUGAAUGUCAGCUGGAGUUCUGUACAAAUGAGAUAUCAGCAACGAAAUGACUGAGGAGAAAGAGACAAGGGAAACUUUUCUAGACAAGACUCUGCUUCUUCAUAAUUAAAAUGUGGUGUCUCCUCCCCAUUACUAUGUAUUUCAUUUUGUAACUAAUGUUAAAAACAACAUCCAAAAGGGCCCAUAUUUGGGUAAGGUCCCAGUAAUGACUGAGAACUUUUUCAAAAGAGAAUUAGACUUUUUCUGUGUUAGGGAUUAUGGUUUUAAGAGGGAAAGAACUAACAUCACUCAGCAUACUUCUGUGAGAUUUCCGCUGCAAUGUUGCAUCUCUUGCUUAAGCUGAGCUGCAGCCCAGCCAUGUACUUAUUCUCUUACAUGUUGGAAAUAUUUGUAUAAAUAUUCCUUUUAAUCUUAGUGAUCUUGCCAAUAGCCACAAAAGAUACUGGUAAGAUGUUAGUUUUAUUCUAGCAGUGGUGAAAUGCUGUAUAAAGCGGGCUGUUUUUCCACCUGGCAGUCCUUACAAAAGCAGAUUAGUGCUUUUCAGGACUGGCUAGUUGAGUGUUUGGGUGACUCUGUUCUUAGCUCAGAUGCAAAGUUUUUCUGUUGUAGCUAUUCCGUUUACAGUUUUAUUGCUGCCACUACUUGGCACACUUGCAUCUAGAUGUGCAAUAAUAUAUCUGACUGCCAGGAACCACUCUCUCAUAUGCAGUUAAGUUGCUAUUAUUAAUUACUACUACAGCCCCUCUUCUAAAUUGGAUAGCUUCUUUUUUUCCCCACUAACUGCUUUCAGAUGUUUUUUAAUUCUCAUAUUUUUGCAUGAAAAGUGGCUUAGACAAGGUGUUUGACAUCAAGGAAUUGUUUUACAAUCAUAGGUAGAGCUACUGUUUCUUUUUAAUAUGCUUUAUAUAGGAAAGAUAGCGUCAAAGUCAAUAAAAAGGGAACUGCGUACCUGAUAUUAAAAUUCCAUGCUCCUUUUAUUUUAGAAUAUCACAGUAUCACAACAUGAUGUGUAGCUUCAUAAUUAAAAGCAGUAGAAAAUAUCCUAAAAUAUUGCAAUUAAAUGAUCAGCAGUGUAUUUCCCCGUGGUCUUUCUCUUUCAUUUUAAAUAGAAUCAGGAUUAGUGAUGCUAAGACUUCUGUGAUUGAGAUUUCCAAACCUUUGCACAGUCCACUGUGUGUCUACUGUAAGUAACACUGGCAUAUUCACAGUUCAUUCCUGCAAGCAUCUUGGAAUGCUAUAUAACUGUGUGUAUAUAUAUAUAUAUAUAUAUAUAUAUAUAUAUAUAUACUUCCAUUCUACAGAUAAACUGAUGCAAAUCUUAUGUGUGGUUAAAUACUAAGAUGGAAUAGAAAAUCAAAAUACAAUCUGUCCGUUCCUCUAGUCCUCUGAUACUACUAAUGGGAAAGAAUUCCUCACAGCAGGGUGUUUGGCUUGGCCUGAAAAGACAGAAGGCACGUGAUAAACUCCAGUCUGUGAUGAGGUGUGUUUCCUACCCUCCCUUCAUGUUCAGAGGGUGCCUUCCAUGGCAGCUGUGUUUUGUCCUGGCCCCCAGGACACUUCAGGAGUUACGGUACCAUUCAGUGAGUGGAGCACCUUGAAUGUUUGACUGGUGGAAAAAACAAAAAGGGUGAUGAUCAUGUAAUGCACUCACAUGAAUUUGGGGGAGGAAUUGCUAUUCCUUUACCUUUGGUAUGAAUGAAUUCAUUACAAAAUGCUGCCCAGAGAAUUAGAGUUUCUGUUGGGAGGAUCCUUGUCUGAGUGGUGGCAUGUGAACAGCAUGGCUGUCUAAGUAGCUCAUCCUCCCCUGAUUCUUUUGCUGAAGAAUAUUUCUCCCUAAGCAUCACAUCUUUCCGUUCCUGCCUUUAGACAGUCUCUGCCCAAACCAGCACUGUCAUUUCUGCUCCAUCUGUACCGCUGCACAGUGUUGGCAUAACUCCCCAACUCAUGUGCAGGAACAUCGCCAUCACACCUGCGCUGCUGCUCAGGCUGCUGCUCCUCCAGCCACCACAGCACCAGGCAGCUGUUAGAUGUGCACAGAUCAAAGCCAUCAGGGGGUUUGUAUCUCUGAUGUGCUGCUGGCCACUGUUUGUGAGGGGCUUUCAGUGUCUGUGUUAGCCUGCCACAUCAAGCCUCUCCUGCCGUGCAGCUGCUGGACAAAACCCGGCUUUUGCAACUGUUGAAACAGCCAAGAAAGUAAAUGCAGCAUGGUCAAAUAUCUAACUACAGGAGUUAAACCAAGCUCCUGAUAUACUGUUUAGUGAUGGUAGAAAUCAUGUUGCUUUCAUCACAUAAGAUCAGCUCGGAGGGAAAACACAGCAGCUCCCCAUCAGAGUGAUGAUUAAGGGAAUCGGGAAAACUGGGAGAUGAGGUGGCAGUGAGAGGAGAUAAAUGUGAAGGCAGAAGAACAGUUCUGGCAAAACAGUAACUAAAAUACAGAGUUCAUGUGAGGCUCUGGGGGUUUUGCUGAGGUUUUUUUUUUUUUUUUUUUACGUGGUUCACACAAAAGAUGAUAAAAGUAGUGUUCUAAUUCUUGUUAAAGAAUUUUUAAAGAACUUGUUAAAGUAAAGCAACAACUCAGUCCUACAUUUAGGUCUUAGAAGAUCUAUUUCCUGCUGUGCCCCUGCCCUGCAUGGAAAAGAUGGUUGCUGUAGUUGCAGUAAAUACAUGCCCCAGGCCUGACUGCAUUCCUUUCCUGGCUCUGGGAUCUGCCCGAGCCUGGUUGUUUGUUUUUGUUUAAGACUGCUGUUUAACCAGGUUUGUAAUCUUGAAGGCAGGCUGAUGACAACAUGUCACUUGCAUUAAAACUGCUCCUGAGUGAUACUUUGAAAGAUUCUUCUAUGAGAAUGAAAUACCACAUUAUUAGAGACUUUAUUAUAUAAUAAAUAAGUAGCAUCAAUCAAUGAAGUGAUAUUUUAAGUAGAGAUUUACUUUGAAAAUUGCUUGUGACUGAGGGGAUAAUGGGCAGUUCUGUUCCCUUGUUCAAUAGCUUCUGGCUCAUAUAAUUCUCAAUUUAUAAGCAGUUAAACCCCAAAGCUCAUGUGAAAGUCAAUAGAAACCAGUUAGAUUUUGAGGAAUUCAAGCUGAGGACCAGGGUCAGAAGACUAAAUGGGGAGUAUCACUAGAAAAGAAAUGCAGGUGAGAAGGGACACCCAUUUAUAUAAUUUCAUAUUCUUGCAAGAGAUUGCAGAACUGACACCAGUGACUACAGCCUGCCUGGUAUGAAUUAUUGCAUCUCCACUCAAGGCAGUGGAAGAGAGUCCUGCCAACACCUAAAGCUGUGCCAGUUCACACUGUACAGCACCCUGACCUCAAAGCAUAAUGCAUUCUAAGCACAAUGUCUGAAGUACUUGGAGCCGUUGCAAAAAGCUCCCAGAAACUUCUAAGCACUCUUUGUAUGGUCCAUGAAUGCUUCUUUUAAGGUGCUUAUAACAUGUAUUUUUAUAAAAGUUAUGUUUUCUUCUAUCAUGGUGAUUGUUCAUACACAGGUAUUUUUCAUACAUUUCAGAAAAUAUCUUCUGUUAUUUAGAAGUUUGUUAAGUGUGUGUGUAAAACACAUAAGCAUUGCAAACUGAGACUCAGUGCAAGAAAAUAGUUUACCAGAAGGCCCCACAUGCAACAGAUAUAGACUGUCAGGGAAUAAGGGAGAAAACAACAAAACCUGCAGAUGGAUCAAUGACAGGCCCUUCAGAGUUGAAAAAUCACUGCCUUGAAGUGUCCACAAUAAAAACAUUUCAGGCAGCCUUUUGCAGGCAGUAAAAGCACAGCAGCUGUUUAACAGCCCUCAGUUACAUGAAAACUCAGGGUUGGUGUUGAUGUUUGUCUUGGAGGCAGAUGUUCGACACAUUCAGCAGCUGCGUACAGGGCAGCCUGACCUGACAGCACCACUUCUUUCUACCAUGUUAGGCUGAGCUGGGCCAUCACUCCUUGAGGGUGAUCCUUUCAUGUGUGCAGACACACCUGAGCUGUACCAAGCAUCCAGUUCUGUCCUGGUCCAGGUACUUUUUCAGUGAGCAGUCAGACUGUGAGCAGAGCAAGUCCUUGCUGUGGCAAGGACUAGGUCUGCAGCUGGUUUGCAGCUGGACUGCAUGAUCUUAACUGUCUUUUGCAGCCUAAAUUGGAGAGUUUUCCAUGGCAGGUGAAGAUCAAAGGUGUUGAAUUUUUAGCUUCUGAGUGUGGAUCUGAGGGAUUUGCACCCUCCUCUCUUAGUGCAGCCACGGUGAGCCUGGCAUUAUUCCCAUGCAGACAGGCAGCCUGGCUGGGCAGUCUGACUCCCAGGGAUGUGCUCCUCUUCUUCCAGGGGCUGCAUCUGGCAGCACUGCCAGCCCAUGUUGUCCUACACUUUUAUAUGCACUCUUGUGGAAUGAUCUAAGCACUGGGCCUAGCUCAAACUUUUAUGUAAAUGCUCUGGUAGCAAGGAUGCUUUUCCACAAUAAAUAGCCUUUUUUUUUUCUCCCCCCCCAGUCUGGGUUGCUCGGUUUGGUAGGUGCCCAAGUAAUAGAAGAUAAUGUAGAGAGUCAGUGAAACUGCCUGGCAAGCAUGGUUAUCAGCAUUAUUAAAUUAUAUUUUUUAUUUUAAACAUAUUCUGUAAAUUAUUGUAGCAAUUAAUGUCUUACAUAAGAUACUCCUGCUGAGUAGUUCAUUAAGUCUAUUUAUAUUUUCUGCUGAUUUCUUUUAGUGCAUAAAUCCUGGUUUUGAUCAUAGUAAAGUUAAUAGGAAUUGUGACCUUGUUUGCAAGGGAAGCAAAAUCUGGUGUUAGUUUUUUGCAAUCCUUUUCAAAGUUGACUUUUCCUAUGUGUACCUGAGAAGAUGAAUUCAAAGCUGCAGCCUCUAGAAUACAUGACAGGGAGCUACAGAGAUGUUUCAAAGGCUUCCAAAACCAACCAGUCCUUCUUGGCCUAGCAUAGGCACUGCAAUGCUUUCUUCUUGGAGAUGUGUUCUGGAGGAAGAUAUUUCCCAUUAUAUAAUACUUUAUUUCUUUAAUCUUUUUUUCCUUAAGUUUGAUUCUGUCCAAAUUCUCAUUAUUUCCUUCAGUGCAAAGUUUCAGAGGGAAAAUCUGUUAAUCUGAUUUCUGGGUUUGGAGCAGUUUCAUACUGAGCCAUUUGCCAUGAGUGAUUUUUUUCUGUACAUGCUGUGGCAGCAUUAAGUUUGUAGUUGGACUCAAAAUUCUUUUCCAGCCUUAAUAAGAGAGUUUUUCCUUGCAGGUGAAGCUCAGUGGUGUUGAAUUUGUAGCUUGUGAGUGGAUCUGAUGGGUCUGAGGGAUUUGCACUCCAUUUUGCAACUGAAUAAGAGUCUUCAUAAUAUAGGACAGAGACCAUCCUGCCUCUUCAUUAUGACAGUAUUAGACAUAAUGAAUGUCAUUCUCUGUUCAGAGGGUAAAAGGCACUGGAAUUCAAAAGGAUCAGUACAAGAGGUCCUUCUUUAGGUUUCAGACCUGGGAUAGGACUUUUGUGUGUUACACUUCACUGGUUGAAAACAAAAGCAGAGGGAAAAAGCUGUAGAACUGCAUUAUUCUGUAUCAGAGGGAAUAUCUUUUACAUCCCUCAAUUUGGAAAUAAUGGAAUGGAUAUUUCUGCUUAUUUAUUUUUGUGUUCAAAACCACAGUGUGAAAACAUUGCGUGUACCUGUGAGAAUUGAGAGAACUGAUCACUUGGAAUUGAAACUCCAUCCAUGGUGAAAGGAAAGAGUUGAAAAUAAUCUUUUUUUUCCUAAGAGUAUUAUUGAUUUUCUCAUUUAGAAGCAUAUAGAAUUUUUGUAGCCUUGGAGAAAUGGUUUUGUUUUGAAGAAAUUUUAUCUUUGUUUCAAUAGAAUGGUCUAGACUGAAAAAGAACUUUAAAAUGUCUUAUAUGCUUCUGAAAUCUGUACUCUUCCCUAGUGUACAGGCUCACUGCUGAAAGUGAGCAUGAAUAAUGAAAAAGGAAAAUACCACUGUAAGGUGAAAUUAGUGAUCUGCUAAAGCACUAAUCUUGAUGUUGCAGUUUGAGGACCUGAGCUGAAGUUAAAAAGAAAGAAUUCAAAAAGUAGUUAAAUUCUUUUAAGUGCUGUGAGGAAGAGUAUUAGGAACUUGAAUUACUUCAAAACUUAGAGCCAAGAAGGCUCUAAGAAGAAAAAAAAAAAAAGGCCAAGUAUUUUUCUGAUUGAGAAAUGACUGCUCCAAGCAGAGAUGCUGCAGGAGAGUCAAAGAUAACUUGGCCAGUGCCACAGAAGACAUGUGUUUGAAAAAGCAAAUAAAACCCCUAACCACAAAAUGUAACAGGAAUAAGAGCAGUUGUCUGUAAUAUGCUGUAUCUGUUCACUCAUCCAUUCUUCUAAAUAAGAGGGAAAUGCUCAUCUUAGAGAAUGGAUAAGAGCUCUUUUAUGAUAGCAGAUCUAUUUAAUAUUUUACAGUAGAGGCACUGGUGUCAUUUUCCAUAUAUUAGAAGAUGUGCUGAAAAGAUAGAGAAGCAUAAGUUAACCUUUAAUGGGAGGGAAAAUUGCAAAUGCUGAUAGAAGCAAUGUCAGAAGGGUGCUCAGGAAAUGCUAUCAAAGACAUUCAGUUCCUCAGCUUUUGCCUAGUAAAGCAGGAUUUCCAUGGAGAUAAUAGAAACUUCAACUGGCAAAAAAUCUGGUGGAAUUUACCUAGACUUGAUAAACUCAGCUUUCAUCACAUUACUGCAGAAAAGAAUAAUGCAUUGUGUCAGCAAAAAAUAGUAGUGAGGGAGCUUGUGGAGUGCUCAGAGCAGCACCCUGGGACCGCAGAGGAUGCGCCUGUGGAGAGACAGUGGGAUUAGUCAAUUAAUCAAUUAACACAUCUGUUCCCCUCUGUUGGACCACAUGGCUUAGACCGGGGACUUUCACACUGUGUGAUGUCUUUGGGAGGGGGUUUUUUUAUUGCUUUUUUUUCUUGAAUUCUGUUGCCUUUCUGUAUGACUAAAUCCAUCUUUAUCGUCUUUCCUGGAUAUCUUGUCCACAGUUGCUAUGUCUGUUAUUGAUAUGGAAGGAGGGAGGCAUAUGUCUGCUGUCUUUAUAGUUUGACCAGAAACAAUUUAUUCAGCAUCUUGUUAAAUAGGUGAGGCUGGUGCAGGAAGAAAGCAAAUGGAAUAUAAAGCUAAUUGAUUUCCAAGCUAUGUAAUGCCCUCUUCUGAUGGGUUUUUUUCAUUUUACAUUAUUCAAAUAAUUAUUAUUGAGCUUCUCAUGGUCACUGUAAGAACUGUCGUCCCUAGUUUACAUUUUUAAGGCAAUUUGCCCAGAAUAUCUGUAAUUAAAAAAAACCGCUGCAUUGAAAAUGUAAUUGAAAGAAACUGUUCAGAGCAACUGCAGUGCCUAAGAAUUUAAAAUUAUCAGAGCAUUUCAAGCUCUCAUGUACUUUUUUAAUUUAGAAGAGAUAAGAGUUGUUGUCCUGAAUAUUAUACAACAGUUUAGAACUGUUCUCAUCUAGGAAAUGAAAAUGCACAUACAUUUCCAGACUUCUUUUUUUCCUUGUGCUAUUCUGUAACAAGUGAUUUUUUGGUAAGGCUAGUUUGGGUCAAAUUGAUUUCAGCAGGUUAAAAUAUCAUAAAAUGUGGAGGCGAAAUAUUGCUGGGCUGCUAGGUGAUAAGCCUGAUGCUAGAUUUUGGGUUUGGAUUGAGAGCUGUGGGCUGGUGCUGAAGGGCUUUGGAGCCCACACCCCCAAAAUACUGAGGGUGUCGUGGUUUUGGGGCUGCUGCCACUUUCUGCAGAGCUUGGUUGCUGCUCUGAUCUUGGGGCCCAAAGCUGCCCCCCCCCCAAGCUCUCCCUCAGCCACUUUGCAAACGUGCACUUCUGGUAUGAGACAGUGUAGUACAACCAGGAAAGGGGGAAAGGGCUUUCCUUUGCUAGUUUGGAAAUGUUUUUAUUUCACUCUCCUGGAGAAACAGAGCAGCUGUUUUGGGUACCUGCAGUCUGGUCUCUUAAUCUAACACUGUGGGAGCAUUUCACAUUUUGUAAGUGCAUUAAUUUGAAAUAGAUCAGAGUUGGAUAUUAUGUGGCUAUUAUUAGAGUUAUCCAUAUUUUAACGAUGUCUCUUCUCAUUGCAAAUUGGCAGUUCAAUCAGCAGUUUUUAAAACCAAUUGUUGCUUACAAUCUAAAUUCAGCAUAAAGCUAACAGUUAUGGGAGCGCGUGUAGAGCGCUUGGAGAUGGAUGAUGUAGUAAUUGUGGGAUGGUUGUCAAUUUAAACAUUCUUUUGAUUAAUGGUGCGCUGUCUCUUGUUACUUCAUCAGACACAGAAGUUCUGAAGGUCAGAUUUUUGUUUCUCAAAUUCUUAGCAGUAUGUUAUUAACUAUUAGAGAAGGUAGUUAAUACAAUAGAUGGAAAAAUCACUUUAUAGUUACUUUAGUUUUAUUGAUAAUUUUAUUAUGUCAAUCCAUUAAUUGAAGUCAUCCACUGGCUCAUUUAAAAUUCAUGGACCAAGUUCAGUUCCCAUGAAAGCAUAUUUAACUCCCUCUGUAACUACAUGAGCCAUGUAGCCUUCAUUCAGAUUCUGAUCAGCAAUUCAGCUUCAGCUUAGGUUCUCCCUGGUAUUGUUCUGCACUUGCAGAGUGUGGUUAUUUGCAGAAAUGUUUAUGGAAUGAUUGUAUCCACAGCGUGUUUCUAUGAAUAGGGGAUUUUUUUUCAUCCUGCUGAUUAACCAUCAUUUGUCCAAUUGGGAAGCACAGAGAAUGUCAGAAAUUAUUUGUUCACAUAAAAUGUUGAUUGAAUAUUUAUGAGUAACUCUGGAAAAAGAAAACCUGCAUUGAUUUGGAAGCCAAGGAAAGAGUUUGUCAGAUAAUUUAUUUGAAAUCAGCAAUCAAACUAGCUGUUAGCAAGAGUUGAGUUCAGGCUAAACAUGAAUAUAUUUACAAAGUGGAUGUAUUUUUCCCAAAGAAAAUAUGGGAUACUAGAGAUUCUAAUCUAGGGUGGUUUCAAGAGCCUGUGGCUAGAAAUUAAAGCCCGUUGGAUGCCCAUUAGGAAUAAGGUGCAUAUUCCUGUCAGAGCAGGUCAGUGGCCAUCACAGGAAGUAAUUGUUGGCAUCAUCAAAGCUGACACAACUCUGGAAACUAAUUUAAUACAAUACAAAUCAUUGCUCUUAGAGGUAAGCACGUGGAAGUACAGAGUUCGUAGCAUAUGGGGGAGCAGAGUGAAAAACUGAUGAUUCUUUUUGGCUCAUGAAUCUGCUGACAUGUCAGCCAAGGGGCAAUCACUGCUAGGGCUUCUUGGAAUUCCAGUUCAGUUGAGAGGGUUCAGAAAUAACACUUGCUUGUUACAGUGGAUGAACGAUGGUAUGCCUUUAAAGAAAUUGGGGGGUGGGGCUUUAAUGUGUUUUUCUGUAUAGCUUUAAAAAUAGUUGUUGAAUUUCUUGAAUUAAUUUUCCUUUUUUUUUUUUUGUUUUAUUUCUCCUAAAGUGUGAUUGCACAAAUUAUACAGCAUUAGCAGUGUUAUGCCAAGCCUGUCUGCUCAGCUGGCUGUCCACAAAGGCUCAAAGCAAUCAAGUGGAAAAGCUGAGGAAUGCAUUUAAGUAACUCUGAUGUUACUACAGAAUUAACUUUGGGGUUUUUUGGCAGGGAGCUGCACUGAUUGUGGACAUUGGAGCUUUGUUGCUCUUGCUGUGUUAAAGACGUAGUGAUUUGUUCAGCAUGCAUAUUCCAUUUCAGCAGUUAUUUUUGGUGCUUUCAAGCUCUCAAAUUAGCCUUAAAACUGUGAGGUCUGCAUUGAUUGACUCACAAAUGGAAGUUUGGGAAGUUAAAAAUAGCAACACAGCUCAUGAACUCAUUAGUUUUGGUAAAAAAAACCCAUGAGGUUUAAAUAAAAAUUUUAAAAAGGAUAAAACUGAGGUUACUGCAUUAAACCUGGAAUUUUUUAGAUAAUGCCUUUGGGAUGGAGAUCUGUGA